AUGUCAGCUGUAAUUUGCAUACCGCCACUACUAGGCUGGAAAGUGGAUCGACCUGAUGAGCCAUUUCCUACGUGCCAGUUGAGCAAUGACAUCGGGUAUGUGCUAUACUCGGCCUUGGGAAGCUUUUACGUGCCAUCGUGUAUCAUGGUCUUCGUGUACAUUAGGAUUUAUUUUGCCGCAAAAGCCCGAGCCAGAAGAGGUAUAAGGAAACAAAUGACCAGGAAAAAGCUACAGGCCAAUGUCACCACUAGUUUUACUGCAGGUUCAACUAAGGGAACACGCCCGAUUCCUCAUUUUCCUACCAGAUUUUCAUCAUCCGAUCUCACGCAAAACAAAUCAAAAUUGAUACAAUCAAGGUGCCAAAUGUCCCAGUCGGAAUCUCAGCUAUCCGACUCACUGGACAGUAGUGAGCAGCUCCAGCAGCAGCAGGAGCAGUUGCUUCUAUCUAGUACAAAUCCAGAACAUCAUGUAAAUAAUGCCAAUCGGCUGCAGAUCACGAAAGAGCAAAUGAUUGCUACGAUUGAAAAUAUCGACAACAGUGGAAGUAAUGAGAAUCAAAUACCAAUUGUCACAUGCGAUUUGGCUAGUGAUGUGUCAACCAGUGAAGCCAAUGACCAGAACCAUCCACUUAUCUAA